CUCAACGAACGCCGAGCGCAGAGGAAGCAUCCCGCGAGUCGACUACGAACCGAUAUAGAGCAUGUGAAAUUUGAAACAGACGACAGUAUAGAAAUACAUUACUUGCCCGAUAAUUAAACGAAGCCAUAAUUUUUGCAGUCAGGAAAAUUGUGUGACAUUCGAGUGUUCAAACGAGCGAUUAUACGCGUCUCCGUUCAGGCGAGUCGGUUGCACAUGAUUUAUGCGCAGUGUUGAGCAAUCUGGUGCCGAAUGUGAAUGGUGCGAGCCUAAACGUAAAGAGUAAAAGAUUCAGUUGUGAGAUUAAAAUAAAUAAUCCUAAAGAAGAGCACAUUGAAGCGCUAGUUAGAAGAGGCAGUGUGUACAGAAUAUGUGCUACUUGGAAAAAAUAUAACGCAAAUGAAAGUGAAUGAAUGCGCGGAAAUUCAAUUUGAUGUGGUGCUUAUGAAUGCGCAAUUACAGUGACGAUUUCGGUUCAGAUACCGAGAUACCCUACGAGUGCUUGGCUCAAUUAUCGAAUCAGCAGCAAGAAGCCAUUGUAGUGAAUUGGGCUUAGUGUCACAAAUCCUGUGAUAGACUUAACAACAGUGUGUAUCUAAUCUUGGUGACGAAAACAAACAACGGGCUUCUAGACGUUCUCUUAGUAGAGUGAAAUUGUGUAUUGUGUUCGAAACCGAAAAAAGUGCUACACUCAAAGAUGGUAAUCAAUCAGCCAAGACCGUCAAUAGCAAAGCUUAGAACGCAGUUCCUGUUUCCACGACGCGAGAUGUCUGACUUGGCUGACACAGAUGGCAGUAACACGAACACAGCCAAUGGGACGCCCACGAUCCCGACAGCGACGGCGCGACGCAUCGGUCAGGGUUUCUUCAGCUCCAAUGCAUCGUCUUCCGGAGCGGGGGCAGGAUCGACGACGACCACAGGCACAAUGCUCUCCAAUGCAAGCAUCAGUUCGUCACAGGAGCUCCUGAACGCUACCAGCAGCAUCAAGAGUUCCAAGACGUCUUCGUCGACGAGCAACAGUACAACCAAAUCGUCCAGCAGAAUGGCUUGUGAAACUUCUGCCACACAGCGAUCGACGUCCUCCUCUUCAAAGUCCGCCUCUCUCUCGGCGACAACCUCUUCCACAGAAGCAAUCAAGCAUGAUCUCGGCGACAUGAAGAAUUCUAUGGCAGAGCUUGGAAACGUGUUGGCCAAUACCAGGGGCUCAUCCCAGAUCACCACAUCUUCAUCAUCGACGUCAACGUCUUCCAAAAUGACAUCGUCCGAAUCUUCAUCAUCGAGCUACAUGAAAAAGCUUUCCAUGGGCAAUAGUUCAUCCAACUUGUUGGAACACCAAAAGAGAUUACGAGCGUCGAUGGAUAGUUUGGACGAGCCCAUGACAGAGUAUCACGUGACCCAUCCGGACUCCGAUGGGGAAUUGAACAACAUGAUAGUGAAGAAGCCCGAUGGUACGAUGCAAAACGGGCACCUGGCCAUGAAUGGGACGGUAGACACGGUAAAGUUCGAGCAGAAGAAAACCACUUCCGAAUCGAAAACGAAGGUGGUGAAGGACGGGUUCAGCAGCGAGCAGGCAACGUUGAAUUCGGCACAGAUGAAAAAACUGCACGCUGGGGACGUCCAGUACCAGGAAGAGGCAGCCUUGGCUGCAAUGAGCAACCAGGUGGAGGUUGAUGGACUGAAACACGAGGAGAAAGCCGCCAUGUUGAAGGAAGCACGGUCCCUGAAGAUGGGCGAUUUUCAGCAAGCCGAAGCGAAUAAUAUUGCGGCGCACAGUGUCAAAGUGUCGGGCAAUCAUUUCAGCUCCGAAAAAAAAGCAAUCGCUCAGGCACAACAAAGACAGACGGUUACAUCGUCUGGACUGUUCAACCAGGAAAAACACGUAUCUGCGGCUACGCAAUCCAACUACUCGUCGCGCAGUACGGUCACUUCUACCUCACAGAUGACCUCCCAUUCGUCGACCAUGAACGGAACUAUCAACGGAGACUUUCCCAACUUUGAAGAUCUCGAAUGUCUCGCCAACAACCCGAUGAACAUUGAAAGUGUAAUCAACAAGUAUUCGAAUCAUUUGACGGAUUAUGUUAAGAACCUGCAGCAGCAAGAAAAGAUGCCGAUGGCGCCAAGCCUAUUGAACGAAAUGAAUGAAAUCAUACAACGAGCCUGGGCUGUUCCAACUCAUGGCCAUGAGCUGGGAGCAAGCCUGUGCGAUACAUUACGAAACACCGGAGGGUUGGAUUUGCUCAUGAAGAACUGCAUAAAUAAUGACAGCGCUGUCCAAUUUUCAUCGGCCAAACUUUUGGAGCAGUGUCUUACCACAGAAAAUCGUUCACACGUGGUUAAAAACGGUCUCGAGAAGGUGGUAAAUGUGGCAUGCUUUUGUACUAAGAACAGUGGGACAGACCAUUCACGGGUUGGAACCGGAAUCCUGCAGCAUCUAUUCAAGCACAGUGAAGACACGUGCUCUAAUGUGAUUCGAUUGGGAGGUCUCGAUGCUGUCCUGUUUGAAUGUAGGAAAAACGACGUGGAAACCUUAAGACACUGCGCGGGAGCCUUAGCCAAUCUAUCACUCUAUGGUGGAGCAGAGAACCAAGAGGCUAUGAUCAACAGGAAAGUACCCUCUUGGUUAUUCCCACUGGCUUUCCAUCACGACGAAAAUAUUAAAUACUACGCUUGUCUCGCUAUUGUGGUACUAGUAGCAAAUAAAGAAAUUGAAGCUGAAGUUAUCAAAUCUGGCACCUUGAACCUUGUGGAACCAUUUGUUACGUCUCACAACCCGUCGGAGUUUGCCAAGUCUAAUUUGGCCCACGCACACGGCCAAAGCAAGCACUGGUUACAGAAGUUGGUUCCUGUGCUUAGUUCAAAGCGCGAAGAAGCCCGAAACCUAGCAGCAUUCCAUUUCUGCAUGGAGGCCGGAAUCAAAAAGGAGCAAGGCAACACAAAUAUUUUCAAAGAAAUCGGUGCGAUUGAGCCGCUUAUACGAGUUGCAAGCUCACCGAACGCAAUUGCUUCAAAGUUUGCCGCGCAAGCGCUGCGGCUAAUCGGCGAAGAAGUGCCACACAAACUGUCCCAACAGGUGCCUCUGUGGUCCACUGAGGACGUACGAGAAUGGGUUAAACAAAUCGGGUUCAACGAGUACGAACACAACUUUUUCGACUCCAAGGUCGAUGGAGAUCUCUUAUUGCAAUUAACAGAGGACAAUCUUCGAGAAGACAUAGGCAUGACCAAUGGAAUCAGGCGCAAACGGUUCGAACGCGAGCUGCAAAAUCUUAAGAGAAUGGCAGACUACAGCUCAAGAGAUUCUGAUAAUCUACAUUCAUUUUUGUACAAAAUUGCGCCCGAGUAUACAAUCUACACAUAUUCCAUGCUGAAUGCAGGCGUUGACAUUGAAUCCAUUAAAAUUUUGGAUGACGACUUGCUGUUAUGUGCCUGCGGAAUCACCAACUCCAUUCACAGAUCACGAAUUUUGAACGCCAUCAAAAACAGCGAGAUCUCAACGUUGUCGAUGGAAAAGAGCGCCGAAAAGAAUUUGGACGUGUUCGUCAGCUAUCGACGCAGUAACGGCUCUCAGCUGGCUAGUUUGCUGAAGGUCCAUCUGGAACUGAGGGGUUUCUCGGUGUUCAUCGACGUAGAACGGCUCGAAGCUGGAAAGUUCGAUAACAAUCUGCUACAAAGUAUUCGCCACGCAAAACACUUCCUGUUGGUACUGACGCAAGAUGCCCUAGAACGGUGCGUGGAUGAUACCGAUGGAAAAGAUUGGGUGCACAGGGAAAUCGUAGCAGCACUCAAUUCCGACUGCAACAUCAUCCCAAUCAUCGACAAUUUCCAGUGGCCGGAGCCAGAACGCUUACCAGAGGAUAUGCGUGGGGUGUGCCACUUCAAUGGCGUUAGAUGGAUUCAUGACUACCAGGAUGCAUGCGUGGACAAACUGGAAAGGUUCAUGCGUGCCGAAACCAACACUCGUUGCAGUUCAACGGAUCACUUCCGUAACCUGCUGAACCGACCAGGCGGCGAUUCAACGCCAACAACACCAACUAUUUAUCAGCGAAUGCACAGCAACGAUUCUGGUAAAAGCAGUGAUAAGGAAAACCGUAACUACGAAUGACUAGAUACUCCUUCAGUGGGUUCUACUGGCCACUCGCAGUCCCAACAACCGAGUAGUGGAUCGAAUUCCUCACUGAACCAACCGCGCUAUUACUCCAGCUUGGCAAAUCGUUAUCGUAAGUCUUCAAGUCCAGCUCGUCAGUUACUGAGUGGCACAGGAAGCUACGCAACGACUGGGCGAACUUCACGCUUCCCAAGCUCUAAGAUAUCAUCUCUAGGAGGUGGCAUGGCGAGGAAUAUCCGUGCUUCGGAAAUGCGGAGGAGUUCUGCGGCUGGAUUGAAUGCUACUGCACAGCGCCCUCCUCUUCCGCCUAAAAUUGAAAACCGCUGCCAUAGCUAUGAGGGACUGCUACGAGAGGACAGAAAACCUUCUGAAGGACAAGAUCAUACGGAUGCAAAAAUUCCGGAUACCACUUCGACGGAUUCUGCGGCUGAACCGGUCAAAUCAACCGAGGAAUCCAUAAAAACCAAAAAUCGUAGAUCUCGCAGCAUGGAUGAUUUAUUUGACGACGAUCGAAAUCUUACGGAUUUUCUCGACAACACCCAAAGCAUGGAAAACCUUGCAUCUGAAGACAACUCCAUUGAACCACAAUCUCCAUUAAAAGUUAUGGGAAACAUUUGCUUCAACCCUCGAUUUGUUGAAACCGUCGCGGAGCCUGCAGAAACUCCAGAUCCUCGAAUGGACACAGCAUCUCCUGAAUCAUGCGGCGAACAACCCUGUGAAAACGAAACUAUCACUGUAGAUAGCACUCCACGUAGCAAGCAUGACAUCGCAGACAAAGCUCCACCUGAAGAUGACGUACUAUCGACGAACUCUUCGUUGAAUUCGUUUGCUUCGACAAGCGACACAACUUCGGUGAAUAAAAAAUCCAAUACACCGUUCAUCAAUAAGUAUGUCAAAAAAGUGAAGUCGCUGAUGAAGAAAUAGGCACAAAAUCUCGAAUAACAGCAAAAAGUAUCCAAUUCUCCACAUGCAAUUCGUCCGUUAAGUCAAACGAAAGUUUUUAAAAUUUUACUGAAAAAAAUGUGAUCAUGUAGGACUAAAAUAAGAAUAGUUAAAUAAGGUUUGCAAGUAGUACUGCGAAGAUGUAUGCCUUUUAUUACUUUUGUGAAUAUUUUAUCGUACCUGUUUCAAAUGAGAUAAACGAUUCAGAACAGCACGCCAUGCUACGCUUUAUAAGUUGACUAAAUACACAGAGAAUCAGGUAUUUCAACUGGAUCUAACAAAUGUGAUUGCUUGGCGAUUGAGCGAGCGAUGAAAUGGAGUAAAAUAUAUUAUUUUAACCAUUAGUAGGUUUAUCUGCAAUCGUAAGUUACACAUUUAGAUAUUUAUAACAGAAAUCAAAUCAAACAUACACAUAUACAUGAGCACACUAGUGCGUGAGACUUCAU